AUGGGCGCGAGAGACAGGGGCCGUGUGGCGGCUUCCAGCCCGGUGGUGUUGUGCCCGGUGCCUGUCGCCCCAGUUCGAGUGACUUUUAGAGAUUGCAGUUUCUUUUGCACUGGCUUCAUUUCAGCACUGGCACUCAUUUGGUGGGAUCAGGAUUUUCAGUGCCGACACCUCCAGUUCAACCUGCAUUGCUUCUUGCCGGUCAAGGUCGGUGCUGUUAGGACCAUGGAGAAAGCAGAGGACAAUCCUGGAGGUCAUUCAGUUGAUGGUAGUUUGAAUGUUAGCUUGGACGGGACUCCUUUCAACAGUUUCUCUGAUGACUUGCAGAUCAUGAGACGUGAAGGUGAAUCUGGAAACGUUGACACAAACGAUGCCUAUACUGACAACCUGUUUGGGAAUGUAGAACCAUUGCAGGGUGAGGAGGGACUUUCAGUUUGCAGUCCUACAACAAUUGCUACACAAGAUGUCUAUGGAGGGCGAGGUAGUGAUUUUCUGCAUGGAAUAGGCUCUGCAGACGUACAUGGUCGUGACAGUGCAAACUCUUUCAACUUUGAUGCUGCUUUGAAUGUUGCUUUCAAUUCAACAGAAUCCGAACAACCUAAACAAGUUUGGGAAACCGGAAUCUGGAAAUACAUUUUUGGAGGUGACGAUUCAGGCAUUGAAUUUGGCGUGUGGGGCGAGCAGAUGUCUAGGCCUACACCUUUACUCUGGGGAAUCGAUCAACAGGUUUUGGACACAGACCAUGGUGGUUCCUUGAAGCGUGGUAGAAUGCACUCAUGCAACUUCAUGGAUGUGGUGUCAUUCAAACCAGAUGUUCCAUGGCCAGAACAGAGGGAUGCAGAUUUGCAACGUGGAAUCAUGCUUUGGACUGGAGUGACAAGCAAAUGGAGUGACAGCUGUUCUCUGAUGGGAAAAAUUGCAGACAUGCGCAAUGAGGCCGAGGUAUUCAACAUGUUUGCACACGUUUUUUCAGGACGUGCACCGGUGACAGUCAGGAAACGUGGUACUGCCAUACUGAGAGUGUGCAACUACUUGGAAUCAGAGUCAUUGGAACUUUUUCCCAUGAAGGAGAUCACAUUUUACAGGUUUCUAUGUCACGAGCAGUUGCAAGGAGCUCCAGCCAGCAGAUUACAGGGCUAUAUACAAGCCAUAGCUUUCUGCAGACAUGUGUUGGACGUGCAAGAGCUACAGACAGUGCUUGACAGCAAACGUUGCAGCGGAGUGGCCAGAGAGACGUGCCCAAAGGAAAGGAAGCAGGCGAGCCCGCUGACAGUCGUGGAGCUCCAGAAGCUUCAUCAAGUGGUGGACGAGGCCCCAGACAUUUGGGACGCAAUCUUUGCUGGGGCCGCCUUGCUGUGUUGCUAUUGCAGAGGACGUUGGGGCGACCUGAUGAGAAGUGAGACAGCUUUUUUGGAUGUCGACGAAAACAGGCAGCCAGCGUAUCUGGAGACUCGCACUGGGAGGCACAAGACCAUGAGCUCACAGAUGCAUCGACAUCAAUUCCUUCCUAUGGUGGCACCUGUGAAGGGUGUCCAUGGAUGUGACUGGGCAACACCUUGGAUGAAGCACCGAACAUCCAUGGGUCUAGCUUUCCCGCCGGAAGGCCUCAUCAUGCCGGCGCCAGACAAGAAUGGUGAGCCAACACAGAGACCGCUGGAAUCAGGUGAGUGCGGCAAAUGGCUACGCCGCUUACUGAACAUGGAGAAGGGCACAGCAGAUGGGCCUGAGAGGCGUAUCAGCAGUCACAGCCUUAAGUGCACCAUGCUUUCAUUUGCAGCAAAGCGUGGAUUGUCAGUACCUGAUAGACUCAUGCUUGGAUACCAUUCUUCACAGAUGCACAUGGCCUUGGUUUAUUCACGUGAUGGGGCAGCUGCAAGUUUGAUUCUUCUUGAGCGUUUGAUUGAAGAGAUUGCCAAAGGGAAAUUCAAACCUGACAGCACCAGAAGCGGCAGAGUGAUUGACUCCCCCGCAGACCAGCCUGGACCUCAAAAAGAUGCAGUGAAAGUGGAACAGGUAAUGUCAUCAGAUGAGGAAAGAAAUGAUGUUGCACCUGCAUCAGAUUCAUCUGACAGCACAUCUAGCUCGGAUUCUUCUGCACAGGAGGUGCUCAGGGACCGCGGUUUGAACAAAGUGUUUGCCCCGCCGCAACCUCCAGAGGGUUUCUCCAGAUGGCAGCACAGUAAGCUAAAGACUGUCCACUUGACUGAGCCCAGGUUCGACUCGCCGAUUUGUUGGGCCUGCUUCAACAAGGCCAGGGCGAGUGACGCGUCGGCAGUGAACUCAGAGACAGCCGUUGCCAUGGCUCUGGUUGAGAGCAAUGCGGCGUUCAGACAACGUUGCAGUGAAAUCGACCCGAGUGGGGCGUUUGUAGAUGCCCUGGCACUGCAGAACAUAGCAUCCUUCAGUGGGAUGGCGUUUGCUUUGGCAACGCCUCAGACACCGCCCACGGAUCAACAGUUCACUACGCUUGCACAAGCGGUGUUUGGAGCAAAUGUUACCCUGGGGCAGACAUCCAUGAUUCGACGCCUUCAUUUUGAGGCGACUACAUUGAUGAUUGCAUCAGUCAAGCAGAAGGUGGACAGCGAAGCUGCAGACAAAGUUGACAGCGUCAAACGAAUCCCGAUAGCAGAGAAGAAGCACAGGUUGGAACAGCAAGAAAGGCGCUUGGCUGGUGUCGCUAUCAGCGGCGAGCUCGAACCAAGCCAUCAGCUGCUUGACCUGACCAACAACAUCAUCGAGACUGGGGCGAUAGUCUGGAUAGCCCCCAGUCGUUGCACAAAGAGAUCAGAUGAAGUUCAGUUGGCGAUCAGAGACAAACCUUCCUCUGUGCAGAUCGAGAACCAGCAACUGAAAGUGGCACAAGUGUCAGAUGAGUUCAAGGCUGACUAUGGAAGCGAGAUAAAGCUCCAGUGGUGUUGGCAACGAAGGGGGCUGGCAAUGGAUCAAUGCAGGUUGCUUUCAUGGGCAGUGCACGAUGCCUGGGUGCACCAGCUCUUCAGAACACUGAGCCAAGUGCCUCCCCCGGGAUUUCAACAGGUCAAGAUUGACCAGCUUGUGAGAGCUGAUAGAGAGAUGUGGACGCUCUUGGCGCAAGAGUGCAAAGGUGGCCUCAAGCCAAACGUGGCGGGGGAAAUCCCACUAGACAGCAUGUUCCCAAGGCUGUGCCAGGACCCCCGCAUCACCAUGUUUCUGCUCCCCACGACGUCGGCAGCAAAGGUGACGGACAAGGAGAUUGCACCCAAGAGGACAAAUCCUGUUGGACCACAACAAGCUGCUGCAAAGAGCACCAACAAAAAGCGCAAGACUCGCGCUGAGAAGGGGUGUCCGGAAGAGCUCAAAAAGUUUCAACUGCGUUGUGAACAUGGCCCCGUUUGCUGGGCAUACAACCUGAAGACAGGUGGGAAGCGCAAAGCGGUUUCACAAGAUCAAGAGUCGAACAUCGGUACUCAGUUGGGGAGCGCUGCAACAAACUACCACCAGAGAUUCAGUGGCAAACUUGUCAGCGACCUCAUUUUUGUGGAGAUCUGCGCUGGAAGCGCGAAAUUGACACGCACUGCGCGAGAUGCCGGUUUCACAGGGAUUGCCAUUGACCAUACAAGCAGCCGGUCUUGUGGCAUUGACAUUUGCAUCUUCGAACUGGAAGACCAAUCCCAGGUGGACGAGCUCUGCAAUUUCCUGGAGGCUGAAGCAGCCAAUAUAGCAGCCAUAUGGAUCGCACCCUCCUGCGGUACAGCCAGCAGAGCACGAGAGCGCAGGCUUCCGCAGUUACAACAGCUUGGUGUAGAGGUGCCAGUGCCAUUGCGGUCCGAGACACAACCAGACCAACUUGAUGGGCUGGAGGGCACAAACAAAGUCAAGGUUGAAAAGGCCAACUUGCUCUACCAAGCGGUUGAGCAGAUCACAAGGACAGCAUGCAAAGCAGGCAUUUUCACUGGCAUUGAAAACCCUGGUAACAGCCACUAUUGGGGCACAACACCAAUGGCAAACAUCAUAGCAGAGUUUGGCAGCAAAUACGUGAAUUUUCACAACUGUUGCCACGGUGGCUGGCGCGACAAGUUGACUGCAGUUUGGGUCAACGACGAUUGGAUCGAUUCACUGGAAGCUCGAUGCGACAAGUCCCAUGAGCACAAGUCAUGGAAAGUGACAAUUUCAAAGCAGAAAGUGCAUUUCCCUACGGCCGAAGAGGCAGCCUAUCCCUCAGUGCUUUGUCAACGCAUUGUGGAUUGUGUCAAACACAAAGUUGUUCAGUUUGGUGCCAUUUUUUCCACCACAUUAAGUGAGCAAGUGGAACAGCCUGACGCAGACGCUGCAGGGCGCAUUGCAUUGGGUGCUCUGCCAAGGGGAGCCAAAAUACGACCCUUGGUAGCCGAGUUUGGCAAUUAUGUGGCGGUUGUGGCACCUACACAACAAACUGACAAAAUUGACAGCUUCCUUGCGUCACUGCCUACGGGUUCAAAGAUCACCUCACGACAGUUAUUGAAGAGGGGAGCAGUACGGGUCGUAAGUGGAGAGGGCCAUUUCCUUGCGGGUGCUGACUGUGCACCACUCGAUGCUAUGGUGGAGCUGUGUUGGGUGGGUGUGCCAAGCGAACCAGCAGAAUUUGUGGCCCGAGCAGUACAAGCGGGUCAUCCCAGGGGCUUGGACGUGCACAUAGACAGUGCCAUGAGAGAAGUGGUGCAAAUGAACAUGUUGGAGCCUCCGUUUGCACUUGCCAAGAAACGUGUGGAGUUCUUCAAGAGGUGGACCAAACGGGCCAAGGAGCUCAACGCAAAAGAAGAUGAGCUUCGGCAGACCAUGCCAGAACAUGUGCGCAAGGUGGUGGGCCAAAAGAGGCUGGUGCUGUUCAAAGAAAUGCUCAGCGAUCUAAAUUACCCAGAUGAGAAACUGGUAGACGACAUAGCUUCUGGCUUUCGCUUGAGCGGCUACAUGACCAAGUCCAACGUCUUCCGAACAAAAUCCAAACGACCUGCAAUGUCUUUGGAGACACUGAAGAAGAUGAGCAGGGCGUUCAAUGCAACCAACUUGGAAGCCUUUGGAAAGAGGCAGGAGGCAGAGCUUGAAGAGGCUACGUGGCGAGAAACUGAAGCUGAGUUGGAAAAAGGUUGGAUUUUUGUUGACAACAGUGGAUCCACAGAAGGCAAGUUUUUGGGCCGUCGAUUUGGGCUGCAGCAAGGCCACAAGAUUAGGGUCAUUGAUGACUGCACCUGCUGUGGCCUGAAUCUCACAGUGGGUUUGCACGAGAAGUUCAAGCUCCAUUCAGUGGAUUUCUUGGCAGCGCUGAUAGGGUUCGCAUUGAAGAUAUGCCCUGCAGGGUCAAGGCCGCAAGUACGAGGCCGUACGUAUGACUUGCGUUCGGCCUACAAGCAAUUUGCGGUACAUCCCAUGGACCGCGCCACGCUGCGCAUGGGGGUGAACCGGCCAGGGUCUCAAGACAUGGCAGUAAUCGGCUUCAAUUCCCUACCAUUUGGUGCUGUGGGAUCGGUGGCAGGAUUCUUGAGGAUCAGCCAGGCCAUAUGGUAUGUGGGGUACUUUGGAUUGGGCUUGUUGUGGAGCGCUUUUUACGACGACUUCACAUUGCUUUCCCGAGCAGAACUUGAACAUAGCAGCAGCUGGGCAUGUGAGUUGGGCACACAGAAGGGCGACGAGAAGAGCUUCAAGGACAACUUGCAGGUUUCUUACAAGCUGGAUGCCUUGGCGCAAAGGUCUGGAUCAGUGGGAGGUGUUUUGUACAGCCCCAGUGGCGAGUGUCUGAAGUACUUCGGUGGAAGCGUACCCUCGUUUAUCAUGCAGGACUUGCUCUCGAGAUCGCAGAACCCAAUUCACGAAUUGGAAAUACUGCCAGUUGUCAUUGCUGCAACCUUGUGGGGAUCCCUCUUUUCCAACCCACAGGUGGUGUAUUACAUUGACAAUGAGUCAGCACGGCUUGCGUACGUGCGAGGAGAUGGUGAGACUUUGCGAGCCAGCAAGCUCAUUCAGGUUUUCGUGGAAGAGGAAGCCCGGCUGCAACACCGGGUGUGGUUCGGCCGAGUGCCGAGUUUCAGCAAUCCAGCGGAUGAUCCCAGUCGUCUCAAGUUUGACAAAGUCAAAAAGCUUGGAGCAAUGCAAACCAACAUAGAUUGGGAGAAGGUUGCCCAGCACCUUGAGUUAGAGACUGGGGCAGAGAGCGGAAGGCCGCAGCUGGUGGGGGCCUUUUUUGAGCAUGCUCUCACUUCAGGGUCGGAUCAGUCAUUUUUUCAGCAACGGCAGAAUCUAUUGGAGUCAGCUGUUGAGAAGUGGUUUUGCAUCAUAAGGGUCAACAUGCUUGCGUCUUCAGUGGGCCAUGACAUAAUUGGCUUGGGAAACAUGGAAGUUCAGAAACAAGGUGCCUUCCAAAUCAUAGAAGCGGUCAUUGGCAUUCGUUCAAGAACCACUGCCAUAACUCGAGCAAAUGCCCUUUUGAAGUUCAUCAGAUGGAGGGCUGAAACAUCCGAGAGCGAUGGCAAGGAGUUCUCUGAGUCGGAGGCCUGGCAGUAUCUGACUGAGUUGCGUGAGAAGAAUGCUGCUCCAACGAGGGGCACAAGCUCUUUGUCAGCAUGUGCACAUGCGUUGCACGUGUUUGGAUUUUCUGGUUUGGCGCCCAUUUGUGAGAGCAGGCGACUCAAGGGCAUUGCAGAACUCAUGCAUGCAGAGAAAGCACCACUGAAACAGGCACUUGUGUUGACUGUUAGUCAGGUGAGGUGGCUGCAUGACAAGUUGCUGGAUGAAUCUUGCAACACAGUUGACAGAGCAGUGGUCGCCUAUCUUCUAGUGGCUUUGUACGGAAGGUGCCGUCACAGUGAUUUGCAAAAUGUUGAGGAGGUGGCCCUGGACUUCGGGGAAGACGGUGGCUACAUGGAGGUGAGUACAAGAACUCACAAAACGGCCAGGACAGCUGCCCAGAAAUCUAGGUUGCUGCCCAUUGUGCUUCCAGCUUUGGGCAUAACAGGGUGCGAGUGGAUCUCAGAUGCAAAGGCCGCAUUUGAAGAAUACGGACUCAUGUUUGAGGGUCGGAUUGGAGGGCCCUUUUUUCGGCCGCCAGGGAUGUCAGGCAGUGCGCACUGUCGUCGUGGAUUGACCUCACAGGAAGUCACCAAAUUCUUGCGGCUCAUGUUGGAGGACGAAGCACCAGGCCAUGGUGAUUUGAGGGUUUCUUCCCACUCACUGAAAGCGACGUUGUUAUCGUGGGCAUCGAAGUCAGGAAUGAGUGCCGCAGAUAGGGCAAUCCUGGGAAGGCACUCAAGUGCAUACUUGGAGUCCAGUGCUGUUUACGCCAGGGACCUUGCCUUUGGAGCUGUCCAUAGACUUCAGGAUGUUUUGAGAAAGAUUCAUUGCGGUGAAUUUUUGCCUGAUGCACCCAGAUCGGGGUACUUGCCAGCGACAGCCCAGUCUGUGGAGGUGACAGCGCCUGCAGGGAUUGAGGUCUUCAAGGUUGAAGAUGGGCAGUCAGAUGUGGAGGCCAGCGAGGAAAAGGCUGGCCAGGCCUUGGUUGUGGAGGAUGAUGAGUAUGAGGCGUCCUCUGAUGGAUCAGAGUCGUUGGAGGCUUCGGACUCAGAGGAAGAAGUGCCAAGGCCUCCAAUAAAGUGUUUCAGACACCAUGCAGUCGGACCGUUGGCAGGCCUCUUUGUUGUGCACAAUGUUUCAAAGCUGGUCCACUAUUCGGAUCCAACAGUGGUUGACGGAAAGGGUCAGCAGGGGUUGCGUGGCACCUGUUGCAUGAUCAGUGAAUGCUUGUGGAGCGUGGCUCAUGAGCACAGAUGUUUAGGUGCUACAAUAGCAGACAUUGCUGGAGCCAAAAGGCUGCUUUUCGAGAGUCAAACAAUGGUACUUGCGUCGUUACAGGAGCAAGUCAAUGCGACGGAUGCUUCAUCAAUUAAGAAGGUGCCCAUUGCCGAGCGGGAAACCAAAAUGAGGGCCAUCAAAAAGAGGUUGACAGGUCUUCUCAUAGAAGGGCCGCUGGAACCUGGACAUUCGCUCUUGGAUACAACAGCCAGUAUGAUGCAGCUCAAUGAAGUCAAAUACAUUCCCCCUGAACGCUGCAUUUCAAGGACUCAUGAAGUGUUGAAUCAGAAGUCCCCCACGAAGCAGUUGGACAUCUCAGCGGAGCACCUUGUUGUGAAGGAAAAACAAGACACACCGGACAUGACGGUCACCUCAGCGCUUCAAGUACAAGAAGCUUUCCAGCGCCGUGGCAUAGCACUGGUGUUUGCAGAUCUGGUUACCCAUGAGAGUUACACCAGAUACCUGACCACUCUCUUUGGGCACUUGCAUAGAGAUCCGCCGGUGGGCUAUGCAAGGACUUCUGUGAGUCAGCUUGUUGCUGCUGACAAAACUGUGUGGCAGAUGAUCCUGGAGGAGGGGGUGCAGCCAAAAAGAGAUGAAGCUGGAGAGCUGGCUUUGGAUUCAAAGCUUAUGGAGAGUCUCCAUAGCUAUAGAGUUUCUUUCUCCUUGCUACUGUUGGUUGCCAAGAAGGACAAUGCCCCAAUCGCUCCAAAGCCUACCAAGCCGUCUGCAAGUCACGGUGGAAAAGGUUUCAAUCAACAAGUGCAAAAGCCGUGGUUGAAAGCUAAGGGCGGAAAGAAAGGUGGCAAAGGAAAAGUUAGAGGUGCGCAGAAGCAGCCGAUGGUGCAAAGUGCAGAAGAGGUUUACAUGUAUGUGCAAAAUGCUAUGGUUUGCAUGGGAUUCAAAAACAUGAGUCUGAGCUUUGACUCCAGCCUGAAGCCUGUUCAAGUCAAGGUCAUCACGAGGUUGUUUUCCAGGUUGGUGCCAAAGGUCUUACAUGAAGCUAUUAGCAACAACUUUGGUAAGGAUAGUCUGCACAGCCUUCCUAGGGACAGAAGCCGCUGGUUUGCCAAAUGGACCGAGCGUGCAAAACACUUGGGUCUGACUGACGUCGAAAUCAAAAAUUCCUUGCCGGCACAUGCAGCCAAAAUUUUGGAACCCAAGAGACUCGCCUUGUUCAAGGAAAUUUUAUUGGAUCUGGAAUAUCCUGAUUUGGGAGCAUUCGACGAAUUGGUCAAUGGUACAGAGUUGGUUGGUGAGGUGCCACCCUAUGGAAUUUUUGAGAAGUCAUUCAAGCCGGCAGAAAAGACCAUUGAGCAGAUCUGCAAAGCAAGUCGUUCUGAGAGGAUGCUAAACUUUUAUAAGUGCUCAUCUUCAGGUGACAAGGAAAUUGACGAAAUGGUUUAUAGCAAGACUUUGGAAGAAGUGGACUGUGGCUGGGCGUCUGGACCGCUCGAUGUGGAACAACUCCCAGACGGAGCGGUGGUCAGCCGGAGAUUUGGACUGCGGCAACCGGGGAAGAUUCGUUUGAUAGACGAUAUGAGUGCGAGCGGAGUGAAUCAAACGGUGCAGACCGCAGAGUCGCCGAAACCACAUUCAGCGGAUUUUAUUGCAGCCAUGCUUUUGGAAGUUCUGAAAUGCAGUGGAGGAGUUCCCUUGCAUCUCCACAUCCUCUUCAUUGCAGUGAACCUUGCAACUUUUGCGAUUGUACCUGUGCCAGGGCAGACAAGCAUCGCACCCACAGGUGCACGCUGCAUUGGCGUUAAGGUGAUGGUUCCUCUUGAGACGCGGGGGGACGACGCCAAAGAGGUUGAGGAGAAUGACAAAGAGGUUGAGGAGAAUGAUGUUUUGAGCGUAGCUGCGAGUUUUGGUUUUGGAGGAUCACUACCUAGUGCAUCGUAUGCUCAAAGUGUGGCAUCCAACGAUGGUGCUGUUAGUAGACCGUUGGUUUUGCCAGAAGUGACAGAGACUAGUGCUAGCAGCAUUCCAGUCCAGAGUGCGCUGCAGAGAGACUUGGCUGGGAGCAAUGAUAGAAUUUCACAACAAAUUUUUGAUGCUACGUUGAUUUUGGCCAGAAAUGAAAAACUGGCAUCUCCUAUUCAGUUGGGGCUGCCGAAAAUUGACUUGGUAUCGGAGUUGUUCCGACUGCCAGUGCUGGGACGUUUGUCACACAUUGAAGAUGCCAUGCAUGACACGACAUUGAAUAUGAGGCCUACAGCUGAAGGGGUGUACAACAUGCCUUUUGCAAAGAGGCGACUGAUGACAUCCAAGCUGGCCAAGUCGGAUGAUGCAUUGCUGACGUCAGCUCUGAGGAAGCUGCGGAACCUGGUGCUUUUCUGGCCUGAGGACAGCCGCUUGGGCAGAACCUUGCUGAGCUCAGCAGGGGCAGUCGUAGGAGAGGAUGUCUUACAACAAUCUCUGCGGGACUGCUUUGCUGGUAAAGCGGUUGCUACGCUUGUCAAGAGGGCUUCUGACUUCACUAGGUUUGCAGAAUUCCAAGUGACUUGCAACAAUGGGAGGCCACUGAACCCCUCGGAGCAUGACCUCUACGCCUACUUGUGCUACUUACGUCAACAAGGAGCUGGAGCCACAGCAGGUGAAUCUUUCAUAUCUGCUUGGAAGUUCAUGCAACACACUGUGGGAGCUGGCGCUAGUGGAACGCCGGACAUCAUUUCUGGAAGAGUCAGAGGUGCGUCCAAAGACUUGAUGGCAAAGAAGCGCAAGCUCCAGCAAGCGCCACCGUUGCCUGCAGAAGUUGUUUGGAAGUUGGAGGGCCUGAUGACAGAACGGAUCCAGCCCAAGAUAAAGGCCAUCUUGGGGUUCAUGCUAUUUUGCAUGUUUUCUUGCUCCAGGUUUGCUGACGCUGCACGUGCUCAGAGGCCGGUGAUUUCUCAAUUUCAGCAUGUCAUUUUGGUGGAAUCUUCCAGCAGCGAAUACAAGACAGCGUCUGGUGAACGCAGGUCAGUGUUGCUACCACUUGUUGCUCUUGGUACAGGGUUGAGUGGGACAGGCUGGGCACUGUCUUGGAUGAGCGCCAGAAGACAGUGUGGACUGGGUGCAAGUGACUGCAUGAUGCCGGCAGACUCUGAAUCCCAAAACAGUUGGCUUGAGAGGAGAAUGACAACGGCUGAAGGAUCCUAUUGGCUGAAAGGCUUGCUGACCAUGACAGGCAUGACCGAGGGUGAAGCUUCUCUGUACUCCACCCACUCAUUGAAGGCAACAGUUUUGAGCUGGGCUGCCAAAUCAUCGACCUUCGGUUGGCAAGAGAGGUUGGUAUUGGGGCACCACUUGGAUGAGGAGACCAAGAUGGCCGUGGUGUAUUCAAGAGAUGCCAUCGCGGCGGUGAUGGUGAAAGUCCUCAGAAUGCUGGAGACAAUACGGCAAGGCAUUUUCGACCCGGAUGCAAGUCGAGCUGAGAGGAUUGCAAUGGCGACUGGGCUCACCCAACUCCCUGACAAUUUACCUGAGCAGAAUGACAUGGAGCGUGAGCUGGAAAGGAGACUGGCAUGCGACCAGGAGAACAGCCAGGUGAUUGAGUCAGAUAUUGAAGAGGAAAACAUAGUGGAGAAGCCCAUCAAGAUUCCAGGUGAGUCAGAGAUGCUGGCACGAGCGAGCUUUCCACCCAUUGAGCUGGACCAGUGCGUGGCGCACAAGCUGUCCGGAAUAGUGCAUGGAAAAGAGACGACUGAUAGUCUCUUGUGUGGACGAGCUUUGUCCACCAACAUGCGCCCAGUGGAUUUCCCUUGGAGUGAAAGAGACGCUCAUGAAUUUUGUGAGCAAUGCAAUAGGGCACUGCACCGUGCCUGA